AUGGCCUCUGAGACUGAAUUACCUGCUGAAUUAUCUUCUAUGUUUGAGAGGCUUUUAAGGCAUAGAGACCUCUCUUUGUUUUUACCUUUUAUUUUUGGGUUCACCUCCACUAACUCCACAGAGGAACGUGACCCAGAUCAAGAACCACAAACAACAGACCCAAACGAAAGAAUCAUCCUUAUAAACCCUCUCACUCAAGGCAUGGUGGUGAUUGAAGGAGCUGCAAGUCUUGAAUCUUUACUUAGAGACAUAGGUAACAAGAAUGGUCAACCACCAGCCUCAAAAGCAUCCAUAGAGGCCAUGCCAAGUGUGGAGAUCGGGGAAGAUAAUAAAGAUGGCGAGUGUGCUAUCUGUUUAGAGGAGUGGGAGCCUGGUGCGGUAGUAAAGGAGAUGCCUUGUAAGCAUAGGUUCCAUGGUAAUUGUGUAGAAAAGUGGUUAAAGAUUCAUGGGAAUUGCCCUGUUUGCAGGUAUAAGAUGCCUGUCGAUGAGGAGGAGUUGGGGAAGAAGAGAGAUGGGGGAGAUGGAGGGAGAGAAUGGAGGAGAGCUGAAAGAGAGAUUUGGGUUAGUUUUGCAUUUAAUGGUAAUAGGAGAAAUAGGGAUUCAAAUGAAAAUCCUUCAAGUGAUUCUACUGAUUUCUCUACUUCAAGUCCAAGUGCUGAUCAUGAAACGGAGAGUUAAGAGAAAUUUUUGUGAGAUUUUUUUUUAAAUCCUUUUUACCUUUCUAAAUAACAUGUGUACAGAGAAGUGGUUGUAUUUUAUGUUUUCAAUUUGAGCAAUAAAGGAAGCAUAUAUUUUUGUUUCAAA